AUGGCGGCCUACUACACUUUCGAAGACUACUCCGGCACCUCCACGCCCGUAACCGGCGACAAUCCAUACCAAGACCUCAUAGCAGCCUGCAACGAUGAUCCCUCCCAAAUCCAGUCCCGCUACAACACCCACCGUACCAACCGCAACACCCAACAACGCGCCAAACUCCUUACCCCGGACUUCUCUGGCGUCACAAUCGACGAGAUCCUAGCGAAACUCGAACACUCCUCUGACUCCUUUGUCGACCCGCGGCACUGCCUCGUCUUUUGGGCACGGCCGCCUACUCACCUCAAAACCCUGAUCUCAAAUAUUCAGCAACGGCUCCGAGAUGUUGCGCCAAAUCUCUGGAUCAUGCCGCCGGAGAACCUGCACAUGACUGCGAUGGAAGUCACGCACUCUCUUGCUGCGCCGGAGAUCGAGGGGCUGGUUGAGACGCUUCGGCCGAACAUCCAGUCGAUCGCAGACUACGCUUUCACCCGUCGAGCGCGGCUGGUGAAACCACUCCUCAGCUUCGACGCUCAAGCCCUGGCGCUUUCUUUCCUCCCCGCAGCAGGCGAAGCUAGUCGCUCGACGGAGGAGGAUCAGUAUACAUACCACCACCUCCGCCGCGACCUCCACAACCUCAUAACCACCUCCGGCGUCAAAGUCGCGAGCCGGUACGUCGUACCCUCCGCCCAUCUAACCAUCGCACGUUUCAUCACCAAAAAGGACUUCCAGACGGGGGAAGGGGAGGUUGAUCUGGAGAAGGUGGCGAAGCUCGUGGAUGUAAUUGAGGAGCUCAACGCAUGGCUGCGUACCGAGUACUGGCCUGAAGGGCGGCGAUUUAAGGAUGGUGGGGAGUGGAUUGUGGGCGAGGAGAAGGGGCUGGAGUGUCGGAAGGGUACUUUGUGGUAUGGCGGUGGGGAGAGGAUAUAUCUGGGCAAAGGGUUUUGA